CCACCUCUCUUUUCUAUAUCAUCGCGUCGAGUGGAGAUCUUUGGUAAGCUCCUAUUGAAAUGAGUCCGCGGCCGCACACGGCCCUUCAGUUUGACAUAGGCACCAAGCAGUUGACUUUGGGAAAGUUCGGCAAGCCACAAGUGUCAAGGCCUGACGAAAUUCUCGUGAAGGUCGCUUACUCUGGAAUAUGCGGCACCGAUUUACACGUCAUUCACGGCCAAUUCCCGUGCAAGAAAACUGCAUUUGCUCUCGGCCAUGAGUUUUCUGGAGUGGUCGAAGCUAUUGGCGCUGAUGUUGAAUAUCUGACGGUCGGAGACAGAGUAGUGGUUGACCCGAACAGCGGUUGCGGGCACUGCGAUUCGUGUUGGCAUGCCUCCUAUCACAGGUGUUCCAAUGUCAGUAGAACGAUAGGUAUUCUGGCUGACGGCGGCUGGGCCGAGUUCUGUGUGGCGCGAAAGGGCCAGGUUUACAAGCUGCCCGACUCCGUCACCUUGAAGCAGGGAGCCCUGUGCGAGCCCAUGUCGUGCAUCGCCCACGGCUGGGACAGACUGGGUUCAGUGCCGCACAACAGCAAAAUCCUUAUUAUGGGUGCUGGCAUAAUCGGAAACUUGUGGGCCUGCUUGUUCCAUCUCAACGGACACAGGGGCAACGUGACAAUCAGCGAGCCCCAAGACACCAGAAGGAAGCUGGUUGAGAAACUAGAGCUUGGAUAUACUUUGACAUCACCAACGGUGCUGGCCGCCCAAAAUCCGGAGUUUGACCUCGUGGUUGACUGCAGUGGCAGCGCCGUUGCCAUGCAACAGGCGGUCAAGUGGCUCAAGAUGGGUGGCAAGUUGAUGGUCUUCGGUGUUGCCAAUCCGCAAGCCGUUAUGGAGGUGUCCCCUUACGACAUAAUGAAAAAAGAGUUGACCAUUUUGGGCGCUUUGACCAACCCGUUCACUUUCCCUGAAGCAAUCGCUAUUCUGAAAACGAUGGGGCCUAGGUAUUUGGACUACGACAGGUUGGGAGUAAAGACGUUCUCGCUGAGUGGAUAUGGCGAUGCGAUGAAGAGCCUAGAAGCUGCUUCAGUUGCCAAGGCCGUGUUUGAGAUCAACCCUGAAAUAUGAUUUUUGUGAUAUUAAACCGAGAAAGCUUAUUAA